AUGUCGGACGAAAAGACUUCACGCCCGACGCCUCAGUCACUCCCAAAACUCACUAUCCCAACGGAACCCCGUCGAUCGGACCCAGAAGAGAUAACAAUAAGCCGCGUAGAUGACUUUCUGGGGUACUGUCAAAAGUACAAAAGAGCCCCUAUCACGCAUCUCCCUCUGAUCCCACCUCCACCAGCCACUCACUCGGGUUCGGAGCCAGAAUCAGCGGAAGGCAGCAAGAAAAAAGACGGUGAGACAAAGGAAGAUAAUCACGCUGACCCCGAUGUGCUAGAUACACUAGCAUUCACCGAACAUGAGUCAGACGAGCUCGAAAUUAAGCAAGCGCUGCUAGAGGAGGCAAAGAAGCAACACGAGAAAUGGUAUGCAGAAUUCAAUGUCGAUAAGAAAAGUCGCGAGACGUUGCAAAAAUGUAAACACUGGCGCCAAAUACGCGAGCAGUUAACUCUAGAGAUUUCCAUGAUUUGGGGUCGUAGGGAGAUUCGUAGGAACUUUAGGAGGGACGCGAAUCACAUUAAGGGGUUAGAGAAUUGGUGA